AGUUCGUAAGCAGUUGUAAAUGUCAAUAUUCGGUGCAGCAGCUGGGGCGACGAUCGAAGAUGGAUGAUUUUGUGGACAAAGAUCAAUUAAGGGAAACUAUCGAGACGUAUAAUAAAUUGGCCGAGAAUUUUUCCAAUCACGACACUAUGCUAAAAGAUAAAACCGUCCUCUCCUACCUGGCUUAUGUCCUCGAAAUGCCGGAUACGGAGGUCGUUAAACUCGCACUUGACACCCUCGAGAUGUUCGUUAAAAACGUUGAAAACUACGGUCACAUAACCUCUACUUUUGGUGUCAGAGAGGCACUCGAUUCUGUUAUUAACAAACACGCUGAGAACGAUCCGAAGCUCGCUAAACAGGCUAGGUGCAUCAAAGACGAUAUCGAACGACUAAAACCACCUAUCUACAACCUGCAUAGUCGAUGCCGGAGAAUCAUUGAGCCUAAGAAACUACAAACUCAUGUCAUCGUCCUCCACGUACACGGACUGCUCCCGGAAACUCGAGCUGAAUUAGAAGCUACUUUGAUAAGAAUUGACGGACUGAUAUCGCUCGUUGUUGACGUCGAACAUCAGCGAGUUACUAUGCGAACUCUGAGUAGCCUCACAGCUCGACAAAUUGCUGAAAUUAUUCGAAACAACACCGAGAAUAUGGAGGCUAGGCUAGUAACAAGGAAUAAAUACAACCAGGAGUUUUUAGUUAAGCUGGUAAAUACAGAGGCCGGAGAUUGUGAAGAACUACCUGAAUAUUUGCCAGAAGAGGAUGAACGGGAGGAAGAAAAGGACGGUGUGGUUUCUCUUUUUACUGGUCUACGUCAGAGCGCUUCCUCGCUAUACAGAUCGACCACAGAAUUUCUUCAAAACUCUUUUUACUGGUGAACAUGUUAGAAUUUCGUUAUAGGAAAAUUGUAAUUAUUAUUUUAUUUAUUCGAUAAAUAUGUAUAACGUUUGCCCUAUACUCAAACGGCACAUUUUCGAAGAAAAUUUAAAUCUGAAUUUAAUUGGUCUCUUUCCUUACGCAGCCUGGAAAAAUUCUUACGCCCAUGUCCAAUAUUACAGGCAUCAUGAAACACGGGUUUUGUGCUCAUUCUUAUAGAUUUGAGAAUGCCAGCACAUUUCUUUGAUUCUCCAAGCCUGCAUUUAAUUAUCUCUUUUGCCAGAUGUACAAACAGUUGAUGUUGAUGCAUACAUUGUCUACAAGAAUUAUGUAACAUAAAAGUAUGAUCUUAUUACAAGUUUUUUAAUCACAGGCUUAAAAAAGAAAAUCUAUAUUCCAUGUUAGGUAUGCAGAUAAUAUUGCCAUUGACCAAUGUUGAAAGAUUUUAGACUGUCCAAUUGUGCCAUUACUCGAUUCAAGAUGACGUUGAGUUCACUGAUUUCGAGGUUCCUUUAUGUUCCAUGUAUCUAUGUACCACACUGAAAUAUAGUAUAUCCUUUCAAUCGUUCUCAAUUAAAUGAAAUCGGAAUGGAAUUCACAUUUGAUUUUAACUAAUUCGUUAAAAUUUGGAUUAGCUUCGACAUUUAGUUAACGACUAAAUUACAAAUGUGAUACAAAAACGUUACUUAAAUAUAGGAUUCCCUAGAUAUUCUCUAUCUUCAUCGUCAAUGUUCCAGUAACUUUGUAUCUUUAACGUGAAGAAAUAAGUAUACAAAAAAAGACACAUUUUUUUCCGUUUACUGAAUAGUUGUUGCAGGCUAUAAUUCUGAUCAUGCGAGUUCAAUUCUAUCUACAAAGCAAGAUCUGAACAUAGCAUUAUGUGAUAGUAAUAAUACUCUGAAUUGAAAAAGGCAAUUAAUGAACUUGUUCACGGUUUAUAUCAUUAAUUCACUAAGUUAAUUGCAAUAUUCAAUAACGAAAGUUUGGCUGUCAUUGAAUCUCAUGCUUUCUGUUACCUAAUAUUCAGGUACUCAUUAGUAAUUACUAAACGUGACAACGAAACUUACCUCCGAAAAAAAUACUUUGAUCCAAAGCUCUCUUGCGGUUCAAUCAUUCGUUCUUCAUAUUUUUUAAGCUAUUGCGAAAAUUUUUCGUUUCACAUGCAAACAUACAAAUGUAUAUCACACGUCGAUUACACGAUGAAUCGACGCUUCUGAUGAUAUACUUUCAAUUCUAGAGUCAUUAGCGAAAGAUUAGCUUUGCCUUAAUCCACGACAUUAUUGCAUGUCUGUAAUUAACUUUAAUUGACAAUGAGAUAUAAAUGUCUGCUUAGAUGUUAUCAAUUCUACCUAAAAUAAUCAAGAGUAAAUUUACAUAUAUAUAUAUAUAUAUUAGUUUGUUUAUAAAUAUAUCAACAUAUAUUUAUAAACGUCAUAUAUAUUUUGUUCUAAUUGUAAACUGUAUACCCAAUAAUAUAUGUAUAUUCAUUCACUUGGUUAAUACAUCACGAGAAUUUAUCAAAUGCAGUACCUCUGACUAAAAAUAAAAAUGUUUGUUUCAAACUUUUCAUUUAAAUCAAAAUCAAUCUAAAUUUAUGUAGAUUCAAGCUUGUGAAAUGAAUUUACAUAUGUGAGAAAUGAAGAAAAAUAAUGUAUUAUCUUUAAUAAUGUAUAACUGUAAAUUAGACAAAGUAAAUAUAAGGUAUACUUACAAGUUUUCUGUAAAAAUUAAAUAACCAUUCAUUCACUGGCUUGUAAGUCUGGUAAGAAUACAGCUUCAUGUGGUACGUGAUAAUAUUAUGUAGAGAUAUGUGUUGUAAAAACGAUUUUAAAGCUGUAUAAAAGUGAAUACAUAAUAAUUAUAAUAAAAUAAUCGAUUUGUCUUUGAAAAAUUGUAAACAUUUAGUCGUUCAAUAAUCCUUGAAUUUGAGACAACGGUUAUUUAGUGCGAUGAAAGAAGAUACAUGUAUAGGCAUAUGUAUGUAAACACAUAUAUAUCGGUAUACGGAUGUAAAGAAUUUUAUUGUAUGUAUAGAAUUAACAUACAAAUUUGUGUACUAGUUUCUAAGAUUAUAGGACUACAGAACCAGUCAUCAAUUUUAGCUGCCACUCUGUGAAAGAAAUUAUUUAGCCUAUUACUACGCAUAAAUUCGGUGGAUACAUUAUUACAUAAUAGGCAUUAUAAACUGAACAUGUGCCUAAACAUAUCAAAGGACAGUGAUUCCUUUUUUACUGAGCAUAACACAUAUAUGUAUAUCAUAUCGUAUCUUGGGUUCGUAUUAAUUUUUUUUAUUUCUAUUUUAUUCUUUUUUUUCAUCUCUUUUUCCAAAAUUGCAGAUGUAUUGUCUAUAUUUACAUGCUUAUUAUAAUUGUCAUUAAGGCAAUUUGAGUUUCGAAGCAGGUACAUGAGAUGAAUGCAAUGCAAAUUAUUAUUUCUGUUAGCUUUCUGUAAACGUCGUUUCAAACUGGUGUAUAUCUUGUUGUUAGUGAUGUUCAAAUAUUUUUUUUUUCUCAUUCUUGUCUAAAUAUUUCCUCUAGUUUUUUUUUUUUUUUUGUUUUGGAAUUAGCAUAGAAUAAUAUGCUUGCGUUACACACAUGAUUACAAGUUACUCGAUGCUAAAGGCAUCUAUUGCUGCAUGUCAUCCAUAAU